GGGAGGCAGGCUCUGGCAGGCAGUGUGUCUGCUGAUACUCUGUGUAUAUGGAAGGGGGAGUUUCACUGCCUGCAUGUGAAAGCGAGAAAAAAGGCUACUGGAGAUCUCCGCUGCCUGGGAAGCGGACAGGACACGAGAGCAGCAGGGGGAAAAAAAGCCAUCCAUAAAACUGCUCCUCGACAGAACGAAUCUGCUGCACCGAUAAGGACGGCGGGCAAGGGCUUGUGAAUGAGCAGGAAAGGAAGCAGGGAAGCCGCCGACCUCCGGUCUCUGCAUGACUGACUCAUUCACUACUGGGAGAUACUUUAGGAAUACAGAUAGAAGACGUGCUAUAAGACGGGCAGCUCUUGUGGUGGUUGCCCGGACCCCGAGCAGCCGUGCCUGUGCCUCGCAUGUGGAUUGCACCCUUGAAGCUGCUGGUGGCACAGCCUGGACAUCACAAGGAUACAAUGAGAACCAUGUAAAGGACAUUGGAAGUGAUUGGGCCUGAAAAUACCAAAGAAAAGCAGGAGUCCACCUCUCUCCCACCACCUGACACAAUGGAACAGACGAGGCUCUGGAUGUGGGCACAAGAUUUUUUGCAUCUCCGUAGUAGGACAGGAUCUCUGAUCUUGCUGAUUUUAGCCGUACUUUGUCAACAUUUUCCUUAUGCUUUCCUCUCCAACACAUUUCAUGCAGAGCAGAGGGAUUGGACUUUUAGCCACAUGACCGUACACCAAAGUACAGGUGCAGUUUAUGUAGGGGCAGUUAACCGAAUCUACAAGCUGUCUGGAAACUUGACUCUUCUCGUGUCUCACACUACUGGUCCUGGAGAAGAUAACAAGUCCUGCUAUCCACCACAAAAUGUUCAACCAUGCAGUGAGCCCCGUACUCUGACCAACAAUGUGAACAAACUUCUUAUCAUUGACUACUCUGAAAACCGCCUGCUGGCUUGUGGUAGCCUGUACCAGGGUGUAUGCAAGCUCCUUCGUUUGGACGACCUCUUUAUCCUGGUGGAACCGUCCCAUAAGAAAGAACAUUACCUCUCUAGUGUUAAUGAGACAGGAACUAUGUAUGGGGUGAUUGUUCACACCGAAGGUCAGGAUGGAAAACUAUUUAUCGGAACUGCAGUGGAUGGUAAGCAGGAUUACUUUCCUACUUUAUCCAGUCGCAAACUGCCGCGGGACCCUGAAUCAUCCACCAUGUUGGAUUAUGAACUUUAUAGUGACUUUGUGUCAUCCCUCAUCAAGAUUCCAUCUGAUACCCUAGCAUUGGUCUCCCAUUUUGAUAUUUUUUAUGUCUACGGAUUCUCCAGUGGCAAUUAUGUGUAUUUUCUCACUGUUCAACCUGAAACUCCAGAAGGUGUCUCUAGUAACUCAGCCAGUGACCUGUUCUACACCUCUAGGAUUGUACGAUUAUGCAAGAAUGAUCCCAAGUUUCACUCUUACGUUUCCCUUCCAAUUGGAUGCACCAAGAACGGAGUUGAGUAUAGGCUCCUUCAAGCCGCCUACCUCACCAAGCCUGGUGCUACUUUGGCCAGGUCACUGAAAAUCUCCUCUCAGGAUGAUGUACUCUUUGCAAUCUUCUCCAAGGGCCAGAAGCAGUAUCAUCACCCACCUGAUGAUUCCACUCUGUGUGUUUUUCCCAUCAAGACUAUCAACUCACUAAUUAAAGAGAGGCUUCAGUCUUGCUAUCAAGGAGAGGGAAACCUGGAGCUCAACUGGCUUCUUGGAAAGGACGUCCAGUGCACUAAAGCUCCGGUACCCAUAGAUGAUAACUUCUGUGGUUUGGAUAUUAACCAGCCGUUGGGAGGAUCAACCCUGGUCGAAGGUGUUACCCUGUACACAGAGAGCAGAGACAGGAUGACAUCCCUGGCUUCAUACGUGUAUAACAACAACAGCGUGAUAUUCGUCGGCACCAAAAGUGGUCGAGUCAAGAAGAUUCGGGCAGAUGGCCCUCCUCAUGGUGGCAUUCAGUACGAAGUGGUUCAUAUCAUGCGAGAUGGGAGUCCUAUACUGAGAGAUAUGGCUUUCUCCACUGACAACAAGUAUUUGUAUGUCAUGUCAGAGAUACAGGUUUCCAGGAUGGCGGUGGAGACUUGUGAACAAUAUACAACGUGCAGAGAGUGUCUAAGCUCCGGGGAUCCUCACUGCGGCUGGUGUGUGCUGCAUAACAUGUGUUCCCGAAAGGAUAAAUGUGAGAGAGCAGAAGAACCAUUUCGAUUUGCAGCCAAUAUCGAGCAGUGUGUAAAGGUUAUCGUCCAACCCAACAGCCUCCCGGUGUCUGAGCACAGCCUACCGCUGACAUUUGAAGUCAGUGAUGUUCCUGAUCUCUCGGCUGGAGUUAUAUGUUCUAUCGGUAACCUCACCCAGGUUGAAGGACGGGUGUAUGGUAAUCGCAUUGUAUGUGUAUCACCUGCUGCAAAGGAUGUUCCCACAAUACCCUCAGACCAAGACUGGUUUGGGGUGGAACUUCAGCUGAUCUCCAAAGAAACUGGGAAGACUUUUGUCAGCACAGACUUCAAAUUCUACAACUGCAGUGGCCACCAACUCUGCCUGUCCUGCGUGAACAGUGCGUUUCGCUGCCAUUGGUGCAAAUAUCGCAACCUCUGCACCCACGAUCCAACUACAUGCUCCUUCCAGGAAGGCCGCGUCAACGUCUCAGAGGACUGCCCCCAACUGGUACCCACUGAAGAGAUCUUAAUCCCUGUUGGAGAAGUAAAGCCAAUCACCCUGAAGGCCAGAAACUUGCCACAACCACAGUCCGGCCAGCGGGGUUAUGAGUGUGUGCUGAACAUCCAAGGGGUGGUGUACCGCAUGCCGGCAUUACGCUUCAACAGUUCCAGCGUGCAGUGUCAGAACAGCUCGUAUAUCUAUGAGGGAAUGGAUAUAAGCGAUCUCCCAGUGGAUUUUUCUGUUGUCUGGAAUGGGAAUUUUAUCAUUGACAAUCCACAUAAUAUCAAAGUUCACCUGUACAAGUGCGCGGCCCAGAGAGAAAGCUGCGGUAUGUGCCUGAAGGCUCACCAUAAGUUUGAGUGCGGCUGGUGCAGCGGGGAAGGGCGCUGUACUCUACACCAUCACUGCUCUUCUCCCCAGUACCAGUGGCUGGACUGGUCCAGCAGGAACGUGAAGUGCACCAACCCACGGAUCACCGAGAUUCUCACUGUGUCUGGACCGCCUGAAGGGGGCACCAGAGUCACCAUCCGAGGAGUCAACCUAGGAUUAGACUUCUCCGAGAUUGCUCGCAAUGUUCUGGUGGCAGGUGUCCAGUGCACACCUGUAGAAGAAGAAUAUAUCAUUGCUGAACAGAUCGUGUGUGAAAUGGGCAAGGCUCCCCCAGCCUCCGCUUCAGGCCCUGUGCUCUUGUGCGUUGGAGAGUGUAAACCAGAGUUUAUGGCUCGUUCUCUGCAACAGUAUAGCUUUGUGAACCCAACAGUGACCCAACUAAGCCCAACCCGUGGUCCUGAAUCUGGUGGAACCAUGAUAACCAUCACAGGCCAUAACCUUGGAGCAGGAAGCACUGUCUCAGUAGUCUUGGGGAACCAAACAUGUGAAUUUUAUGGGAGGUCCCUCAAUGAGAUAGUCUGUGUUUCGGCUCCAUCUGCACACGGCUUGGGUACCGUUCUUGUGUCCGUCAGUGUUGACAGAGCCCAUAUUGAGUCAACCCUGCAAUUCGAGUACAUUGAUGACCCGAAGGUUACACGCAUCGAACCUGAGUGGAGCAUCGCAAGUGGUCACACAUCUCUGACGGUUACCGGUACCAACCUGGACAUCGUGCAAGAGCCGAGAAUCCGAGUGAAGUUCAACAACAAGGAAUCGGUGAACGUCUGUAAGGUGGUAAACGCCACAUCCAUAACAUGCUGGGCCCCUGCUCUCACACCUGAGUACCGUCCUGGACUGGAUGCUAUUGAAAAACCGGAUGAAUUUGGGUUCAUCUUCAAUAAUGUUCAGUCACUGCUUAUCUACAACAAUACCAGGUUUCUCUACUACCCCAACCCAACUUUUGAACUUCUCAGCACCACAGGAGUUCUGGAGCAGAAGCCUGGAUCCCCUAUUAUACUGAAGGGAAAGAACCUGUGUCCCCCUGCUGCAGGAGGAGCAAAGCUGAAUUACACGGUGCUGAUUGGAGAGACACCCUGCACUGUCACCGUGUCUGAGACGCAGCUUCUCUGCGAAUCCCCAAACCUCACUGGACAGCACAAAGUGACGAUCCACGUUGGAGGAAUGGUCUUCUCCCCGGGUUCAGUCAAUGUGCUUUCCGACAGUCUCCUGACACUUCCAGCCAUUGUCAGCAUUGCAGCUGGAGGGAGUCUACUUCUCAUCAUUGUCAUCAUUGUGCUGAUUGCCUACAAGCGCAAGUCCAGAGAGAAUGAUCUCACCCUUAAAAGGCUGCAGAUGCAGAUGGACAACUUGGAAUCGAGAGUCGCCUUGGAGUGCAAAGAGGCUUUUGCAGAGCUGCAGACUGACAUCAAUGAGCUGACAAGUGAUUUGGAUCGUUCUGGGAUUCCCUACCUGGAUUAUCGUACAUAUGCCAUGCGUGUGCUCUUCCCUGGAAUAGAAGAUCAUCCUGUGUUGCGUGAGCUAGAGGUGCAAGGGAACGGCCAACAGAGUGUGGAGAAAGCCUUGAAGCUCUUUGCCCAAUUGAUCAACAACAAGGUUUUCCUUCUGACGUUUAUCCGCACAUUGGAGAUGCAGCGCAGUUUCUCCAUGCGCGAUCGGGGCAACGUGGCAUCCCUCAUCAUGACUGCUCUUCAAGGAAAACUAGAAUAUGCCACCGAUGUCCUGAAGCACCUUCUGUCCGACCUCAUUGAGAAGAAUCUAGAAAACAAGAAUCAUCCAAAGCUUUUGCUCCGCAGGACGGAAUCUGUAGCAGAAAAGAUGCUGACUAAUUGGUUUGCGUUUCUUCUGCACAAGUUCCUCAAGGAAUGUGCCGGAGAGCCGCUGUUUAUGUUGUACUGCGCUAUUAAGCAGCAGAUGGAAAAAGGACCCAUCGAUUCCAUCACAGGAGAAGCUAGAUAUUCGUUAAGCGAAGACAAGCUGAUUCGGCAGCAGAUUGAGUACAAAACCCUGAUUCUAAACUGCGUGAAUCCAGACAAUGAAAACAGCCCAGAGAUCCCAGUAAAAGCUUUAAACUGUGACACCAUUACUCAGGUCAAAGAGAAAAUCCUGGACGCUGUAUAUAAAAAUGUGCCAUAUUCUCAGAGGCCCAGGGCUGUGGAUAUGGACCUUGAAUGGAGGCAAGGUCGUAUAGCUAGAGUGGUUUUACAGGAUGAAGACAUCACAACCAAGAUAGAAGGGGACUGGAAGAGGCUAAAUACCCUCAUGCAUUAUCAGGUCUCUGACCGCUCAGUGGUAGCCCUUGUUCCAAAACAAACAUCAUCCUAUAACAUCCCAGCUUCAGCCAGCAUUUCUCGGACCUCCAUCAGCAGAUAUGAUUCCACAUUCCGCUACACUGGUAGUCCCGACAGCCUGCGCUCGCGUGCUCCUAUGAUCACCCCAGAUCUAGAGAGUGGGGUGAAAGUCUGGCAUCUGGUGAAAAAUCAUGAACAUGGAGAUCAGAAAGAGGGAGAUCGUGGUAGCAAAAUGGUAUCUGAAAUCUACCUUACCAGGCUGCUAGCUACCAAGGGAACUCUGCAGAAGUUUGUGGAUGACCUAUUUGAGACACUUUUUAGUACGGUGCACCGUGGGAGCGCGCUUCCCCUUGCCAUCAAAUACAUGUUUGACUUCCUGGAUGAACAGGCCGAUAGACAUGGGAUUUACGACACAGAUGUGAGGCACACGUGGAAGAGCAACUGCCUCCCACUCCGGUUUUGGGUGAAUGUCAUCAAGAAUCCCCAGUUUGUGUUUGACAUUCACAAGGGUAGCAUCACAGAUGCCUGUCUUUCUGUGGUGGCACAAACGUUCAUGGACUCUUGUUCCACUUCGGAGCACCGGCUGGGCAAAGAUUCGCCCAGCAAUAAGUUGCUGUAUGCCAAGGACAUACCCAAUUACAAGAAUUGGGUAGAGAGGUAUUAUGCUGAUAUUGCCAAACUACCAGCCAUCAGUGACCAAGAUAUGAAUGCCUACCUCGCAGAGCAGUCUCGCAUGCAUGCAGCAGAAUUCAACAUGCUGAGCGCACUCAACGAGAUCUACUCCUACAUCAGUAAAUACAGCGUGGAGCUCAUCACAGCCCUGGAACAUGAUGAGCAGGGUCGUCGACACCGCCUGGCCUACAAAGUGGAGCAGUUGAUAGGAGCAAUGAGUUUUGACAGCUGAGCUUGACCAUUUCUCUCCACGACCAAGGAAAGGGGAGAGACUCCUGGCAAACACUUUUAAGACAGAGUUGCAGGUCUUCUGGCCUUUCCUUCCAACUGUGAAAAAAACUGACGUCAAACGUCAGUAGGUCUUACAAUAACUUGGUUCCCUCAAAGGAACAAGGAAAGCAGCCAAACCCUUUCCUCUCGAUAUAAUUCAGAACAUGACAACUUCACAGGAGUUUCCAUGAACUAGACAGGCUGCUGAAUGCAUGUUCUAUGUAAAUUAAUAGACUGGAACAAAAGAAAA